UCUGUAGAUUCUGUCUAUCAUGCUGUACUCUUCAAAAAAGGAAAUCAACGCUCUGGCUGAUCACAGAGACCUCGAGCUGGAUGAGCGAGGAGACCAAGAGGAAGAGGUGGACAGGCCAAUCAGCAGUCCUGGAGAACCAGAGCAAAAAAAGCUAGACCCUCUGGAAGGCCUGGAUGAGCCCACCAGAAUAUGUUUCUUGAUGGCUCAUGAUGCCCUCAAUGCCCCUCUGCACAUCCUCCGGGCCAUAUAUGAACUGCAGAUGAAAAAGACCGACUCUUUCUUCUUGGAGGUUCAGAAGAGGUUUGAUGGAGAUGAGCUCACCACAGAUGAGAGGAUCCGCUCUCUGGCGCAAAGGUGGCAGCCCAGUAAGAGUCUGAGACUGGAAGAGCAGAGCGCCAAAGCUGUGGACACAGACAUGAUCAUCUUGCCAUGCUUGUCCCGGCCCACAUGCUGUGAUCAUGCCACUGCUGAAUUGAAUCCUGUGACCCAGAAGCUAAUCUCCAGCACAGAGAGUGAGCUUCAGCAGAGCUAUGCCAAGCAGCGCCGGAGCAAAAGUGCUGCCCUCCUCCACAAAGAGUUGAACUGCAAGAGUAAGAGGGCUGUCCGCGACUACCUCUUUCGUGUGAAUGAGGCCACAGCUGUCCUGUAUGCUCGCCAUGUGCUGGCCUCCCUUCUUGCUGAGUGGCCCAGGAAUGUGCCAGUGAGCGAGGAUAUCCUGGAACUAAGUGGCCCUGCCCAUAUGACUUACAUUUUGGAUAUGUUCAUGCAGCUGGAAGAAAAGCACCAGUGGGAGAAGAUUGGCCUGGAACUGAGCUCAUAA